UAGGACGCAACCACACCGGCUGCACUGCUUCCGGUUGUGAUCUUCUCUGCAGGGAACUAAUUAAAUGGGGACACAGAUAACAUUUGAACCUUGAAGUACCACGCCGUAACCCUAGACUUGUUUUUUCUAUCAGUAUUUUGCUUGUUUUAACCGUAAACUGACGUACAUCAAUGUAGCAGCGCGCGCGUGGACCGUGCCAAGCGGAGCAGCAGCGUCAGUGGAGUCAAAAUGGCGUCUGUUCGUCCACUCAGCGCUCGUUUAAUCCAUCUGUGAUUACCUUGAUAGACACGUACAACAACCUGCGAGUAGCUUUUAGUGUUUCAAUUUUCAGUGCUUUAUCCGCCAGGGCACUUCUUUUUUAUCGUCAUGUCGGACUCGGAAGAGGACAGUCAAGAUCGGCAGCUUAAAAUUGUAGUGAUUGGAGACGGUGCUUGUGGGAAGACAUCACUCGCCACCAGGUUUGCACAGGAGGCCUUUGGGAAGCAAUACAAACAAACCAUCGGUCUGGAUUUUUUUCUGAAGAGAAUAAGCCUUCCAGGCAACAUGAAUGUGACGCUGCAGGUGUGGGACAUCGGCGGCCAAACAUUAGGAGGAAAAAUGUUGGAUAAAUAUGUAUAUGGAGCUCAUGGAGUUCUCCUGGUGUACGAUAUCACCAACUACCAGAGCUUUGAGAAUCUGGAGGAUUGGUUCAGCAUGGUGAAGAAGGCCAAUGAGGAAUCUGAUAUUCAGCCUGUUGUCUCCCUGGUAGGAAACAAGAUCGACCUGGAGCAUAUGAGGACAGUGAAAGCUGACAAACACCAGCGCUUCUGCCAAGAGAAUGGCCUCGUCAGUCAGUUUGUAUCGGCAAAGACGGGAGACUCGGUCUACCUUUGUUUCCAGAGAGUGGCUGCUGAAAUCAUUGGUGUAAAACUCAACAAAGCAGAGAUAGAGCAGUCUCAGAGGAUCGUGAAGGCUGAGCUGGUGAACUACCCACAGGAUGAAGGCCCAGUUAGAGCGGAGAACAAACAGAAAAGCAAAAUAUGUUCUGUUCAGUAGUCAGAACGUGUGGUGAAGGCAGACAUCGUCAACUACAGUCAGGACCCUGUGGCCCGGACGGUCAACCCCCCUCGCAGCUCCAUGUGUGUGGUGCAGUGACAUGCACACACACACACACACACACACACACACACACACACACACGCACACACACACACACACACACGCAUCACUGAAGGAUGUAACAUCAGUAUUUCGGGAUGACUGGAUGAAACAUGUUCGCAGUGUGUUUUCUAUUUGUUGUAUGAAUGAGUUGUAAAAGAACAUGUGGUUUUCGAAGGCUCGGCCUAUAGUUCUGAUACUUAACGGGAAUGAGUUCUUGGAUCGUUGACCAAAAAGGAAACAGAACCUCAACCUUUUUUUAAGUUUACAUAAAGCUACCAGUUUAUUGUUCUAUCUAGAAAACAGGCAUUCUGAAUACUGUUCUAAACACUUGAUAUAUGUGUUAGUCUGAAGCUGUUUUUCAGUGACAAAUACACUGCUCAGCCAAAAAAUAAACACACCUUUACCUUUGAUUAUGGUCUGCAUGCAUUUAUACCACACAAUUCUUAUGCAAAACACAACAGUUAUUUACUUUUGGCCUUUACUUGAUAAAAUUAAGUGGAGAGUGUGAAGAAAUGAAGGGGAAUGACAUGCAACAAAAGGUUCGAAUGAAACCUGUUUGCUGUGAUAAGAACCGAGCGUAUGUGGGUUGCACUCCACCAGAUGAUCCACCAUGUCGCACCAUUUAUUUUUGCCUGGAGUUGCAUAAUUUUUCACCAAGAUCUUGUAUUAAUGAUGGACAGUCAGGUUACUGUGUGAGCUCCUCUCCAUCACAUCCCAAAGAUUCUCAGCGGGGUUCAGGUUUAGACUCUGUUGUGCCCAGAGAGCGUGAGACAUCAUUUUCACACAUGGAUUGAAGCACUCUUUAACAAUGUGAUCUUGAUGAAUCCUGGUAUCAUCAUCUUGGAAUAUGUCUGUGUCAUCAGCAAAGAAAAAACCCACUGAUGUUCAGACCUGGUCAUUCAGUAUAUUCAUGGAGUCAGGUGACGUCAUGUUUUUGAGAGAACGCUGCUAAACCUAGACCUGAACAACUGAAUCAACCCUAGAUCAUAACACUGCCCGCACAGGCUUGUACUGUAGGCACUCGGCAUGAUGGGUAAUCACUGCAUCUGCCCCUGUUCUCACCUUGACAACGCCCAUUGCUAUAGGCACGGUCAUUCUGGACUCGUCAGACCACACAACCGUUUUCCAUUGAAACACAGUCCAAUCAAACUGAUGUUAGUUUAAGAAAUGAAACCUACUCACUACAUCAGUUAAAGGGUUAAAGAACUUAUUUCCAGCUGAUACAUAUUAAUUUUUUUUAUGACUUGCAUUUUUUUAAUUUCCUUUUUCCAAACAUAUCACAUCAUCACACAUCUAAUAUUAACAUUAGAGCACUGGUAAAUUACCCACCCACCCAUAACAAGAAGGGGUCUUCAUAUCAGUGUAGUGGCUUUUUAUCCCACACACAUCGACUUUGAGUAUCCAUGUAUGUAAUACAGUCAUGGAAAAAAUUAUUAGCCCACCCCUUGUUUUCUUCAAUUUCUUGUUCAUUUUAACGCCUGGUACAACUAAAGGUACAUUUGUUUGGA